CUGUUAUAACCUAACUUCUAUUCGCGCAGAUAUGGGAUAUAUUUUCAAAAUAUAUUUCGCUCACCAUUAGUAAUGGCAAAUUUGCAAAAAUCGCACCAAGGAAUAAAAGAAAUACUUUCAAAACUGGACGAACAUGAUGUUAUUGCUUUAGCAAGUACAGACACACAGGGGUUACUGAAGGUUGCUUCAGUUGAUGAGGCAGUCAAUGGAAUACUUAAGCAUUGACCUACAUUAGUUAGUAUCAUGAGAAGAAAGAUAGUUACAAAAGAAAUACUAUUUCAAUAUCUAGAUGAGAACAAUGUAUCAUUCAAGAGCCCAGCCAGUAAAAACGAUCUUAUAGAUAGGAUAAUCGAAUAUUGGAACGAGUCGCUAACUCAAACAGUUCUUGAUGAGCCAGUUUCCUCAGAUGUCAAAGAAACUUCACCAGGUGAAAGUGAACAAGUGAUAAGUCAAUUGGCAGAUCAGUUUGCGAAGUGGUUUUACACUAUGUUAAACUCUGAUGAAGGAGUUGGUACUGAACAUUUUUAUGCUAAUGCUAAACUGAAAAUAGCUAUAGUGACUGACGAAGGUUGUGAUCUGAAAGAAGUUGAAGAUAAUCCAGAAGAUAUAUGCAGUGCUUUACGGACGUUAAAGUUACAACACCAGUUAUACUUCAAUCCAGAUUUCACAAAUGAAGGUAUACAGGGAAGAAUCGAUCCACAUGGAUUAGUAAUGGUGUUCACAUGUGGAACCCUACAUGCGGAAGAUGCAAUCGUAGGAGUGUUUGAACAAGUGUUUUCAUUAGCCAGAGACACAUUCUGUGAUUAAAAAAACAGAACUUAACUUACGAAAUAAGAAUAGCACUGUAGGGCAACCACAAAUAUGUGAUAGUGAAACAUCAGAUAUGCUAGCCAUUGCUCCAACCACUAGGUAAUCAUUGUAAUGUAGGUACUAUAAGAAAAGUCGG